GUUGCGCAGGAGCGAUGGAGAGACAGGCUUUUUGCAGUGAUCAGUGUUUUCAUCAGUGGUCUUGUUCUUAAGCUGCCGUUCCGAGAGGAUUGCAGACAUUUUGCCGCUCUAUCUCUCACUCACACACACACAAACUUGGCUUCUCUGCCUUCUUGCACACACACUCAAACCUGAGUGCGCGCACACACACAUAUACACACACACACACACUGCAUAUGCACACAGCAGUUGCUGGGCUAGUAUAGCAAGAUGCUGCUGCGGUGUGUCAGGUGUGUAUGAGGUCGGGAUCCAUGCAUGUUGAUUCCCAUGCACACUUUGGCAUGCUCACACUUUGACUUGAUGUCUGGUACCACUGACAGGCUGAGGGACACACAGCAGGCCUGACCAGGGGCCCUCCAUGUCAUGGAAGAAUGCAAGCAAAUCAUGGCACGCCAGAAAUCUAACAGCCAGUCAGACUCACAUGAUGAUGAGGUUUCUCCCCCACCACCCAACCCGGUUGUCAAGGCCCGGCGCCGCAGGGGAGGGGUCAGCGCCGAAGUCUACACCGAAGAGGACGCUGUCAGCUACGUACGCAAGGUGAUCCCAAAAGACUACAAGACCAUGACCGCCUUGGCCAAGGCCAUUUCCAAGAAUGUGCUGUUUGCUCACCUGGAUGACAAUGAGAGAAGUGACAUAUUUGAUGCCAUGUUCCCAGUCACCCACAUUGCAGGGGAAACGGUUAUCCAGCAAGGCGAUGAAGGAGACAACUUCUAUGUGAUUGACCAAGGUGAAGUGGACGUGUAUGUGAAUGGGGAGUGGGUGACCGGGAUUGGAGAAGGAGGUAGUUUUGGAGAGCUGGCCCUGAUCUAUGGGACCCCCAGAGCUGCCACCGUCAAAGCCAAGACUGAUCUUAAACUGUGGGGCAUCGACCGAGACAGCUACCGGCGUAUCUUGAUGGGCAGCACACUGAGGAAGAGAAAGAUGUAUGAAGAGUUCCUCAGCAAAGUCUCCAUUCUUGAGUCCUUGGAUAAGUGGGAACGUCUGACUGUGGCCGAUGCUCUAGAGCCUGUUCAGUUUGAGGAUGGGGAAAAGAUAGUGGUGCAGGGAGAACCUGGUGAUGAUUUCUUCAUUAUUACAGAGGGAAUAGCCUCUGUUCUGCAGCGCAGGUCUGACAAUGAGGAGUAUGUGGAAGUCGGACGCCUCGGACCCUCUGACUACUUUGGUGAAAUCGCCCUGCUGUUGAACCGGCCCAGGGCAGCCACUGUAGUCGCCCGUGGUCCGCUCAAGUGUGUGAAGCUGGACAGGCCCCGCUUCGAGCGCGUGCUGGGGCCGUGCUCAGAAAUCCUUAAAAGGAACAUCCAGAGAUACAACAGCUUCAUUUCUCUCACCGUGUGACGGGUCGGCCCCUCUGGGCACCACCAGCCGGGGUGGGCAGCAUCAGCAUCAGAGAUUUGGUGGGAGGGGGUGAGGAUGCAGGGUAGAUGGUUUUACAUCCACAAUGACAGGUUGCUUAUAUCCUGCCUUUUGUUUUUUCCUCCAUUUUGUGCAUUUCUUUUUUUUGGCCUUGUGCACUUUGACUUGACCUGUGCUGUCACGUAGCUUUAUGUCAAAAACAACAUGCGGGAGUGUAAAAAUCAGAGUGAAGACAGAGAUCAUUCAACUCAGUAUACACUGUAAAUGAGGCAUGUAUACAGUGUGUCGACUGUAUAUGACGCAUACUUGGAAUGGCGUUUGCACUUUCGUGUUUUUACGAAGGGUACGGAUAAAUUCAGGAAAUAAGAAGGAAGUAAAGUCAUGUUUACGUACAGCGGGAGGAAGUGAGUACACAUUUCUUUGCUCGCUGACUGUGGUUUGCCUUUUUUUUUCCACCUUUGGGUGUGUGGUGCCAUUUCUUUCUAGGUCAGAUCAGACCUUCACUACACAGACCUCUGUUCCCUAAAACAGAUGUUGAGGUAUGAAGAAAAAUAAAUUCUUUGCUCUUUCUUUUGUUUUUAGAGCUUACGUGUGCUUUUACUGUUGUUGUAAGAGGCAGUGAUAUGUUGAGUUCAGAUUUUAUAUUAUGUGGCGUGUGCCAGCCAAAUAGAUCGACGAGUUGCUUUUUCCUCAAGAAUUCCUCUCUUUUCCAAUAUUCCCUGAAGUGGUUCAGUCUGAUCUGUGAGCUGUGGUGUUUUAAAGGUACAGUAGUGUUGUCAGUCUGGUCAACAUACACACAAAGUCUGAAACACGCUGACAUGACACACACAAACAUACUGUAUAUGCUUACACCGUCUCAGGACUAAAUAAAUCUAAACACAAACAUCUGAUGCUUUUUAUAAGCUGAUUUUGGUUUAUGUUACAUUGCUUGAUGAAAGCUUUUGCACCAGUUUGUGUUGUUGGGUCAAUGCAAGCAUUUGAUUUUGCUGUUUUAACACAUGAUGUCUGUUAUAAAUGCAUAAAUGAUAGGGAUGGGAUGAUACUUUUUUCGAUACGAUUCGAUGCACAGUAUAGUGUAUAUGAUUCAGUUCAAAGUUAGAAAUUCAAUGAUAAUGUGGGCAGCAUGGUGGGGCAGUGGUUAGUCUCGGGGCAAGAAGGUUCUGGGUUCGAGCCCCCGCCGACCAGGGGCC